AUGCCUAUCGAAAUUCUAGUAGUGAUUCUUCUUCACAAGGACUUGACGAGUCAGAAGUCAGACUCAAGGCACAUGUAUUUUGUCGAAGUUCUCGAAAACGUCAAAGAACUGUUGAAGAGCAAAGACGAUUCCCCGACAACCCCACCCAACCAUGUUUCACCUGCCCGUUCCUCUGCGGAGGGGGUGGAGGAGAAAUCAUUGAUGACAAUCGCUUUGGACGCCCUCCAUCUCAAUGGAGAUUCACAAUCGAACUCCCUUCCCGAAGACCCUGACCGAACAAGCACAUGCAAGCCAGAUGAUCAAGUCGAGUUUCAUGGAGCGGAUUGUUUCUCAGACUCGCAAGAGGCUCUGGUCGCCCUUCAGUGCCUCCUGAACGAUUUGCUUGUACUGAGGAAAGUGAUUCAGCGUUUUUGGGGAGAUUACCAGAAUGAAACCUUUGAUCUAGUCAUAGCUUCGACCAUUACCAAAACUGCAAUCGAGUUAGCUCGUCGAGUUAGCCCACCGGCUAGAAGAUGGCUAGAAGAUGACAUGAAGAUUCUAGCAACAUGCGGAGGCGCGACCAUUCUACUUCUCAAAAUGCAUGAUCACUCUGUCCAGCCUAUAGAGUCAAUAUUUGAGUGCGCCGAGGAAGAGGACGAAUAUCGAAUUUCUGAGACGGAAGUUCCAUUUCUAUUGGCACCAAAUAGCAUGAUCGACAGUUGCUUGAGCAAGAACGCCCUUGCCAAUGUUCCGUGGUCGCGCUUACAAAUAGUGGAUUGCCUCUCGAUACGACAGGAAGACCCACACUGGCGGAGACACAGAAACCAAAGAUGGAUAAUCUCAUCAUUUCCCAGUUUCUCACAAUGCCCAACAUCCUGCCUCCAGUACAGAGCCGGUCCCGGAAUGGACCUUGGAGAAUGA